ACCGACCCUCGUCUCUGGAUGACGCUCAUGUGCCUCCUGCCGGCAUGCCGCACCGUCCACAAAGUUUAUGAGCCGGACACUCCUCCUUCCCGCGUGGCACACAGCGCAGCCCUGAAGAGCUCAUUGAGGAACAUUACCUCUCUCGUACUAACGCGCCUGCCUAGCAUACACUGCUGAUAUCCGUUCUGCCGUAUUCACGGAAGGCUUAUUGAAC